UGUGUGCCCUUUGCAGAGGCAGCUAAUCAGCUGUCAAAGUGGGCUCUGUCCCCAUCGCAGCUUUUGAGAGCAGAGUUGCGUGCUGGCCAGUGAAAAGCUCUCAGGUCCACUCAGCACAUUGAUCUUUGCAGCAGCAGCAGUAAAGGUGGAGGACGGAAAGGACAGAAAUUCAACCUGCACUUCCACAGUAAAUUGAUUUGCAAAUUUGUCAGAUGUAAGCAUGGCGGUGUGAGUGUGUGCAAGACAUUUUUGUGUGUUUGGUUGGCCUGUUUUCAGACUCCAGUGACUGUGUUGGGAACCUACGGAAAAAAAGAUGAUUGAGCUGGGUCUCGCUGAUGGCAACCUAAUUGACGAGUUGAUGGAGCUGACGGCACAGAGCCUCAAUCAGCUGGAGAUCCAGGAACACUUCAACAUCAUCAAGGAGAUUGGCCGGGGGAAAUACGGCAAAGUGCUGCUGGUCACACAUCGCUUCAGGGGGACUCCCAUGGCCUUGAAAGUGAUGCCCAAAGCCUCCACUAAGCUACAGGGCUUUCUGCGAGAGUACUGCAUCUCCUUACACCUGUCCUGCCACCCCUGCAUCGUGGGCCUCUUUGGCAUUGCCUUCCACUCUAAUGAGCACUACUGCUUUGCCCAGGAGCUUGUCAUUGGGAGAGACCUGUUUGCUGUCAUCCAGCCAAAGGUGGGUAUCCCAGAAUCUUCAGUAAAACGUUGUGUCCUCCAGAUCGCCAGUGCUUUGGAAUUCAUCCACAGCCAUGGCUUGGUCCACCGUGAUGUCAAGCCUGAAAACAUCCUCCUGUUGGACCAUCACUGUUGCCAGGUAAAGCUGGCAGACUUUGGCCUGGCCCAGAAGAGAGGCACUCUGAUACGCUUCAUCACAGGAACCCUGCCCUACAUGGCCCCAGAACUUUGUACCGUGGCCCUGCUGGGUGGCCAGAAAGAAGUGACUGCUCCUCCACUUAGUGUGGAGCCAAGCCUGGACACCUGGGCCUUCGGGGUGGUCAUCUUCUGCAUCCUUACGGGCUACUUCCCCUGGGAGCACUGCUUAGACUCGGAUGACUUCUACCAGGAGUUUGCAGACUGGUGUAGAACAGAGGAAAGACAUAAAAACGAGGAAGACAUUCCCCCUUUGUGGAAAAGGUUCACACCAGAAGCCAUGGAGAUGUUUGGUAAGCUCUUGGCUCUGGAAGCAGGAAAGAGGUGCACAGUGGGGGAAGUGAGACAGUAUGUGGAAAAGGACUGGCUCAAGAAGUUACAUGGGAUUGGGCAGCAGCAGACAGCAGAAAAAGUCAGUGCCUCUGGGAAUAAUCCUGGGAAUGGCGAGAUGGAGGAUGAGCCUAAUACGAACUAACAGACUGCAUUUGUGUAUUAUCCAUAGCUUUUGUAUGCCUUGCCAGAA